GCGCGGAGUCCGCCAAACGGAUCGGAGCCGCUGUGUCGUCGUCUUGACGAACGAUUUUAAAUACACGCGUACAGAGAUCUCGAGACGCAACCACCCCCGGACUCGAAGCGUGUCACAUGCGUAACGUAAACGGCACGAUGCAGGCAUUUGCCGUAAUUGGUUGAAUAUCUCUCGGUGGCGAAGGAUACGGGGAACGUGAUGUAAGGAAUGAAAAAAAAAAAACAAAUAAAAAUAAAAUAAAAAUACAACCGGAUUAAUCGCGUUGGAAAGAAUAUUUUGUAGAAACUGUUGUUGGAAAGAAGAUCGCGCCUCGACUGCCUCCGCGUGAAGAUUAAUCUAACGAAUUUUCGUCUUAUAAUAAUAAUAAUAUUGAUAACAAGUAAGAAAUAAGAAACGAUAAUUCGGCAAGAAAUUUCUAACUUUCGAUCUUCAAGUUCGUUGUAGAAUUGUACUUUUUAUUAACUUUUGCUUCAUCGAUGUACAUACCUGAACAACAAUCGUAAGAGUGCGCCGUGAUAAAUAAUAUACAAGCAUCGGAGGUCUUGGAUAUAACAGUUUUGUUGGUAGUUUUGCUCGGCGAGUGCUCUCGAGAGACACGAAGUGGGAAGUAGACAAUUUUGGAAAGUUUAUUCAUCAAGGGCAGUGAGGGUGGUGGUGGAGGAGGAGGAGGAGGAGGAGGAGGAGAAACGGAGGAGCGUGCAGUGUUUAAAAUACAGCCAAACUGACGGAUCCGAGCGCAGCGUUCAGUCCAGCCAUGUCUCUGGAGGAAUCCCGGCGCUCCCAGCGUCCCUAUCGCUACGGGAUGGUCCUGCUGUGCGUCGGGGCUCUGAUCAACUGGUUGGGUCUAGCCGAGAACUACGUGGAGCCGGUCAGAUAUAUCGGAGUGGCCUGUAUCGUCGCCGGAGCUCUCCUUAUAUGCGCAGCAAUGUGUUGCUGGCUUCACGCCCCUCCAACUACGAGGCCGCACGUGUCAACGAUGCACUCGAAUCAUCCCAUAACUGCCCAGAUCGACGAUCCAAUUCACGUUAUAUCGAUCGAUGAACCCGCGGGUGGAUCCAGGCAGAAGCCUCCGGAUUACGAGGCGGUUGCCGACGCGCCGCCGAGCUACGACGAUGCGAUUAAACUGAAUCCUGGACAGUUCGUCAGGUCGAGUGAUGCGGGAUUCACCGGUUCGCCGGAAGUCGGAAGAUCGUCAUCCGGCGAACUUUCGGUAACUGAAGUUGCACCAACGCCGCCUCCGCCAUACGCGAGGUGAAUAACUGCACGGAGGGAAGAUUAACGCGACUACGCCGCAGAACCGAGAGAAGAAAAACGAAACAGAGUUUAGCAAAAGUAAAUUAAUAAGUAAACUAGGGACCAUACAACGGGACCAAACCGCGUGAGAUGAAGAACAGAGGCUUCCAUCGUUUCUUACUCUUUGAAGAAAUAGGGGAGCGUAAUCAACUCUGAAAAUCCUCGGCCCUUAAGGCUGGCCGACGACGAGCUGACGCCGCGAAGCUUUCUUGAUACUUAAAAACAUAACAACAAUAAUGAAGAAAAAUAAAAAAAUGUCUCGCCGCGUGCACCUAUAUACAUUCUUUUGAUGUGUAUGUGUAAUAGACGUUGGAUAGCGUAAAAGCACAAUAUAUUACGUUGCACGUGCCAUGCCGCAUUUAUAAAACAUGCAUGCAUGUGUGAUGCACGAUUUGAAAAUAAUUUUUUUUUUAUUUAAAACAAAAAAAAAAAAAAAAGAAAGAAAAAGAGAAAAGAAAAAAAAAUCGAGAGAAUCGCCGACCGCAUUACAUACCAGCUAAUCUAUACGUACACGUACCCUUGCGCCACAUCUGUAAAUAAUCGUCGAGGCAAUGAAGACUUAACGAGGGAAAGAAGGCGAAGAUGAAGAAGAAGAAGAAGAAGAAGAAGAAGAAGAAAAGUAAGGAGAUUAGACAUGGUGAAAAAGAAAUUAAUGACAGACAAGGACGAAGAGGACGUAAGAAAAAAAGUUUAUCGGAUAUCCGAAGGAGAAAAUCUGGCUGUCGAAAAAUCAAGAGAAAGAAGCGCAUGUUUACUGAAUUCUCAUGUUACAACAAACUUAUUCGAGACAACGAGAUUCAUUUUCAUCUCUUUCUCCAUACACUAUAAUCCUGUGUCGACACAGAAGCACCAAGAAUUGCUACCUACAUUAUAGUUAUGAUAAGGACGAUAUCAAUGCUGCUACAACUAUUGUAUUAACGAUAAUAAUGAUAAUAACAACACCAACAA